UACAGCAGAAGGAUCAGUGGUGUCCUGAGAGGGAAAACGAUGAUAAUGAGAAGGCUCGCGACUAAUCGCACGGUUCUGUGACAGGUGAAUCCGUGAAUAAGGAAAAGAUACCGAGUGAAGAGGAACGGCACAGCAUGCCGUAAGCGACGAAAUUAUUUGGGCGCACAGGGAAUAAGCCGCUGACGCCGCUAAAAACAACAGAAGAAUAGUGAAGUAAGGAGGAAUUGUUGGGCCCUGGUACGGUCGAGAACGGUGUGUAAUGAGUGGCGGUGGUUAUCGUGGUCGGGGCUUUGGACAACGCACGAGGCCGACGGCCAAUGGAUUCGCCGGAACCCGAUUUCCUCAUCCCAAUUUGAAGCAACAAAACCGCAGGGGUAGCAGCAGCAGGCCACCUAGCGGAUCCGACAACUGGCAAAGCAGGGAAAGUGACAGUAGAGGUCAGAGUAACAGGCCUUAUCAGUCAUGGAGGCCCAACAGACCCAGUGCUCCAUUUCAAAAGUACUCUAGAUCCACUCAGUUCCAAUCUGAAUGGGAUAGAACAAGCCCCAUUGAUAGGCUAUCAGACAGAUCUCUUGAUAGAAAUGAUCGAUUGGAAAGGGACAGAGAUAGGGAUAGAGAUAGGGAUAGAGAUCGUGAUAGAGAUAGAGAUAGGGAUAGAGAACGAGAUAGAGACAGAGACAGGGAUAGAUCUGAAAGGGAAAGAACAGAUAGAUUUGAUCGACAAGAUAAAAAUGAAAGACCUUAUCAGAAUUAUAACAGGGGAAGAGGUUUUAACACUAGGGGAUCAAAUAUGCGCUAUCCUGGACCUGGAAGGCCCUACUCUUAUUCAAGUCGUCGCUCCAGUCCCUACCAUAGUGACAGUUCAUCGCCAUCCCUUCCUGACAAGCCUCAGGAGCCCCUACUGGGAUCCGAAGAGGAACGUCAACAAAAGAUAACAGAAACUGCUGCAAAGUUAAAAAAAUCUUUAUCCAAUAUCACAGAAGAAGAAAAGGUAAAUUUUUGGGAGCAAGAUCUAGCAGAAUCAGCAUUUUCAUCGGCUACUGAUGAUGCAUCUGCAAAUACUAUUACUUGUCAAGAGGACUUUACUAUGAGUGAAAAUUCAGGAAUACCCGAAUUGAGGCAUGAACCUCCAGAGCUAAAAUUGUCACUCGAUGAUCUUAAGGACAUUGGUCGUAGAGUUGAAUCAGAACCUAUAGGUAAAAUUGAUUUCAAUGAAUUCUCCUUGUCUUCUAAAGAAGUAUAUGAUGAUACACAACUUAUAGUGGACAGUGUUGGUAAUCCAGAGAUGGAUGAUUAUGGAAUGCCCAAUGACAUAUUAAGUGGAGAAUUCGAUAAUGAACAAGCAGUAGCACACAUAGAGGAAGUGCCCAUGUGUACAGAACAACCAAUGGUACCACUUGAAGAACCCAUCAAUUUUGACAAUGUUAUGCAAAUACUUCAUGGAAGUAGCGAUCAGUUACAGGAUGUCAUGGAAGCAGAAAAUAUUUGUGAUUCUGCUAUCGCUGCUGAUGAUUCACAGCAACUUUCUAUUGAUAAGGAUGACUCUUUAUCAUCUAUAAAAUUGUCCAAGUUGGACGUGGAUUCAGAGUUAACAUCAUACUACGAAUCAGAUCGUAGUACAGCAGUUACAACAGCAACGACUACUGUAACAGCCUCGAUAGUCACUAUGUGCCCACCGCCCUUUACCUCAACUGACUAUUCUAAAUCAUUCACACCAACUCUUGGAUAUGCCCCUAGAAUCUCGACUCCUUGGCAAACACCUUUUGAUGAAAUACCGUCGGACUUCAGCAAACCACCACCAGCCUUACCGAAUGUGAAGAAAUCGGCAAUGGGUGGCAUUGUUUGCGAACUUGACUCCAGUAAGUCAAUCAAACAUGAGCCAGAAGUAUUGCAACCGCCGCCUGCCUUUGAUCCACGCAAGCCUAUCAUCUCGACCGUUCUUGAAAAAAAGCAGGAAGAAGUUCGACAGCCACCACCGGUUUUUGAUCCCCGGCUUUCUCUUACUGAACGUUCAUCUCUAAUGCUUGGAGCGGCGACGCGAGAACCACCCAAAACCACGUUGCCCCCACCUCCAGUCAUGAUACCUAGUUUUGCAGCCUUUAUGACUCCGGUGCAGAUGAGCUUUCCAGCAGUGCCGAUGCCUGUCCCAGUCACCUGUACAGCGCCACUACCCGUGCCACCUAUCCUCAAUCCCGAGCCGAUGCCGCCUCCUCCGAUCGGUCCAACUCCGGCCAUGCCUUCAAUGAGUUUCGAUGAGGACGGUCUCGAAGAGAUGCAGGAGGCAAUGGAGUUCGCUAAACAGCUGAUGAGCAUGAGCGAUGAGAAAUCAGUGCAGCCAACAACUCAGAUUACACCCUCAAUACCCGCUUCAAUUGGAGUUCGCACUGUACAGCCGCUAGCUCCUAUUGCCACAGAUCUCGUUGAUCCUGCAUCUGCGCCUCUCGUCAUCAGUGCUGUCCCCAAACCUAUAUCGCCACCGCCGUCGCACUCAACUGAUUCGAAUCCUAGUCUCGCCGUAGCAGCGAUUGUAGCCUCCUCCCAGGUGGCAAUGGCACCUAUAGCAUCUGCAACCGCUGGUCUCGGUAUUGAGCCCGCUACUCUGGAACAAGCCGCCCAGAUAAUGCCUGGUAUGGAUAUCCUUAAGAUCUCGCAGCAAAUAUUAAUGGAUAAACAUACAACCGAGGACCUGCUCAGACACACCCAGUUACUGAAUCUUAACAACGAAGCAAUCGCCAAGGUAGCUGUAGCCGGAACGACAAACCUACCUUUGGGAUCGAGUCCAUUAGUUGCCGUGGCCACGAGUAUGCAGUCUCCGAACGAGGCCAGCACUACGGACGUGCGUAAGCUCGUAAAAGCCGUGUCCGUCGAAAAGAAACCCAUAGUGAAGAAAGAGAUGAGCGCUCAUGAAGCCUCCUGGAAACACCGCGUAAUCAACAGGUUCCUUAAAAUGAGUAAAAACGAAAUACGUAACAUGCUCAAUCAUUCUAGCCUACGGAAGUUCGACAUUGCUAUGAAUCACUUAGUAAGGGAGAAGAAGAGCUCCAUCAAUCAGGAAAUUCGCAUUAGCGAGGAUGAACGGAUGAGGGAAUACGACAGGGAAGAAUUUAUGAAUCAGUUGAACGCGAUGCUGGAUCCCAACGCCGCAAUCGACAUUUCCAAUUUACCAACCGAUUUCAUUCAUCAUCUGAACGAAGUGUUACAGCUGGAUCCGUUACAGUUCGAAGCCGGACCAGCCACUACUACUAUCGGCGGUGUUACUGCUAUUACCGCGCAACCGAUGAUAGUUUCAGAAUCGAUAAAAUUAGCCGAUCUUGGUAUUGCGAGCACUCAACAGUCGGAGAUGAUUAUUAGUUCCUAUGGACUUGAAAACAGAACUGAAAUACCAAUUACGACAACGCAUCAGGAACUCACCCGGCGGAAGAAAGAGAACAAACCAAAUAUCGAAUCAAUUUUGAAUUAUCCAUAUAAAGAAAAGCGAAAAGUCACUGUAAAGGUUAUUCGUGAUGAACAAAAUAAAAAAAUGGUGCCAACUGCUAUUUUACGUCAAGAAAUCAAGCAGCAGCAACAACAACAACAACAACAACAACAACAACAACAACAACAACAACUGGAAUAUCACUCCACAAGUACGACAAAAUCAUCUUCAAGUAAUAGCUUCAGUCGAUCGAUACGCACAACAGCAACGACUACUCAAAUAGAUACGGAAUACAACCAAUAUACGGCCCAACAAGAUUAUAUUUUACGAGAACACGCAAAGAUGCCAACCGAAAGCUUUGAAACUCCCGUUGUGAAUAUGGCCGAUAUCGACGAUAUAUUUUCUGCAGGCAUCGCUAAAGUCAGGCAAGCUACAAAAGUUUCGUCACCUCAAUUGCCUACCAUUAGUAUAACGAGCAGACUGACGAGUCGUAUCGAUCGUAAUAAUAAGACUACAUCCGAGGUUCAGCACCAGCCCCAGUUUCAGCAGCAACACGAUAAUCGUACGGCUUUCAAUCUUGACGACAUAUUUUCGGUAGGCAUGGCUAGAGCCAAAUCAGUUACGGAAGGAAAUCGAUCGAACAAAAUUGCUAAUCAACAUGGCAGUGCUGAUUUUGAGACAGAUAUGGUUGAGCGAUGGAUGAGAAAGGAGCGAGAACAUAUCGAUGCUUAUCGAAAUCUCACUAAAGAGGAAUGGGAUGCUAAAUAUGGAAAGACCAUGGAUCGGGGUGCGUUCGAACGUGAGCUGGAGGUCACUUUUUCUGAAUUCAAUAAAAUGCAAGCUCUGAACUUGAACGAAGAAGAACCUCCUACUAUCGAGCAACCGCCUCGGGAGUCAUCCAACAGUGAUGACGAUACGACUUCGACUUCAUCUAGCGAUACUGAUGAUGAAACCUCUUCAGACGUUACGCAACUUCUUAAAGUUAUUAAGGAACGAGAAAAGAUUGCAAAAAAGAAGUCGAUCAAUGAAACAAUAAGGGACGAGGUGGCUGCAGAAAUUGAGCGUAAGUGGCGUGAAAAGAACAAACAUAAAGAACGCAAGGCAAAGAAACGCGCGCGUAGGAAAAAAGACAAAAAGGAACGGAAAAAACGUGGCAGGAAAAAACAUAAGAAACGUUCGAGAAAUAGUGAUUCAGAUUCAGAUGAUGAAUUGCCAACAAAACUGCUUACUGAAGAUGAAAUUAAAAAAGAGGUUAAAGAAGAACCUGAAGUUAUUGCUACUUUAGCGGCCGUAGGUGGAAGAACAGUUCUUUUCAAAAGUAGUCAGACAAAUCCACGAAACACACAUGCUGCUAAGCCUUACGUUGCAAAAAUCAAAACUGAUGCAAAACAAAUACAUGAGAAUGAACAUCAUGUGAGGAAAGUUACUUUCUCUGACAAAGUCAUUCAUCACGAAAUAUCUGAUAAAGUAAGCCUCAAGAAGCUUGCUGCUGAGGGCAAAACAAAGGGAACUUCGAUGCCCGCUGCAUUAGUUGGCCACUCUGCUUUAAAAUCUGCUCCGCAAUCGGCCUUAAAGAUUCCAGGAAAAAUAGUCUCAAAGAUAAAUACUACUGCUGCUCAAGCAGUAACUAAAAUGACUCCCUUAAGAUCGACAACUACCAGUACUACAUUAACAAAAACAACUACGAUUGUUACUACUGACACUGUCCAACCAGUUUCAAAAAAAUCUACUACUUCAGCAGUAGCCGAAAAAAUACUGAACACGAAAGCAACAGCAGCAUUGCCUCUGAUAGCAACAUCAAUUUCUAUGCCAGCAAUAACAACGGUAGCAGCAUUGCCUCUCAUAGCAACGCCAAUUUCUAUGCCAGCAAUAACAAUGAUAGCAGCAUCUCCCUCGGCAACAAUAAUCUCACCAAUAGUAACAACAGUAGCGAUAACAGCAAUGUCGACAUCUAAGAUCACAGCAUCGACUUCAACGAUUACAGAUCCAAUUAUGGUGAUCGCGAAUUCGACAACAAGAAUCACGGUACCAACUUCGGCAAUAGCAGCACCAAUUUCAGCUAUUAUAGAUCAAACAACGGCGAACACACCAUCUUCGACAAUUAUAGAGCCAACAACGGUAAUCACAACAAUAUCAUCAUCAUCAACCGCUACAGUCCCAACAACUACUAUUAUUGCAUCCAUGGCAACAAUUACUGUACCAACAACAUCAAUUAUUAUUCCGACAGCAGUAAUUACAGCGCCGACAACAAUAGCAUUGACAACUGCAAUGGCAGCAACAACGACAAAAGCUACUAGCACAAUUACGACAACAGCAGCCAAAACAGGAAUACCAAUGUUAACUACUGCAACAGUAAUAGGAACUACAUCAGCUUCAAUAAUAAAUGUCACAGCACCACAGAUAAAGAUUCCAAUGAGGAAGUUGAUGCCACAUACAAAUAUAGAAAGUAUUAAGUUAAUAUCUAAAGAGAUGGAGGACGAUAUACUUAAAAGUAUAGAAGAAGCUUGCAAAGAAAAUUUAUCGAAAAUUAGCGCAGGCUUAGAAAGUGUCUUAAAACCUAUAAUUAAACCUAAAGCUCAAGAAAAGAGUACAUCAAUGCGUAAUAUAGCUAAGAAAAAUCUCGAGUCGAAAAAGAUAGAAAAACCAUCUGCUAAUGAUAAAUCAUACGAUCCAAAUAAACCAAAAAAAUUAGACAUUAAAGCUUACAAGGCACGCUUAUUAGAGCGUCAGAGAAAGGAACAUGAGAAAAUUAAGCAAUUUGAGAAUAAUCCUGUAUCCCUUACACAUGAUCUUCUUAACAUUUCUAUGAAGAAGCGUAUAAGCCAGUCUCAAGAUGUAGGAAACAAUAUGACAAGAACUGAAGCCGAGGCAGUUAAGAAUUUUAAAUCAACUAUUAAACUAAAACGCAUAAAUAUUCAUGAGAAAAUAAAUGAAAAGACAGAUACAUCUAGUAUAGAGACUACAUCAACAAAUGAUUAUACUCAUCAAGAUAGAUUAAUAGAACACUCUGAAUUAGAGGAUGUAAUAAGUUUGAAAAUGUUUUCUAGGGCAGAAACUGAUAGAUGCGCAGCUGGUCAUCCUCACAUAAAGUUAGAUGACAAAACAAUUGAUGGCUCAAAGAAUAAGAAAAAAAAGAAGAUAUGCAAGGCUUGCGAAGCUGACAGUCAUAAAUUCAAAAAUAUUAAAUCUGAAGGUAGCAAAGAACUUAAAUUAAAAUCCAAAUCUGAUUCAUCUGACGGCGCUGAUGAACAAGAAAAGCCUGAUCAACAAGAUACAUCAAAAAGAGUAGAAACAAAAAUAAAGGAUAAUACGAGUAGAGAUGUUUGUGGAAAAUCUAAUAACUUAAAUAAGCUUGACGUAUUAGAAAUUGCUUUGGCGAGUAAUCGUCCAGUAGAUCCACGUAUCAUUUCAGCAGCUAAAAGGAAAUCGGCGGCGGCGGCGGCAUUACUCAAUGAAAAAUCUAAUAUGGAGAAAAAAGAAGUUCAUGAAAUACCAAUGGAAACAGAGCAAAAUGUUAUGCUAACUAUGCAACCACCAGAUAUCAACAGUGGCGUAUUUUUUAUUCAACCAACGGUUACAUGCGAUGGACUGUCAAAUACGGUUUCGAACCAAGAGAUAAACAAAUACAUUGGCGUCGAAAUGACAACUCUGCUUACAGAGAUCGACGCACGUGAAAAUACUUGUUCUCUUAAAGACCCUUUCUUUGAACAAACAGUUGCGGUAGAUGAAGAGUAUCUCAAAGCUGAUGGUAUGUUCACGACUAAUGAAAUCGAGCUUUCGAGUGAAUGCGCUACCCUCGAAAUGGAAGUCAUUAAUCCAAUAGACAGUGCGUUACAAGAUGUAAUCACUGAUGAAAUCGUGCAAAAUGUUGCUGCUGUAGAAACACAAGCUUAUGUUCACGUGCCUGAAUUCAAUUCACCUGACGAGGCAUCUUCAAAUAAACUUGCAUCGAAGAUAUUCGAAAUAAGUGAAACAUCAAAUAUGGGUACCUUAUCAAUCUCGAGUGCGAACAUUCCAUUAAAAAAAUUUGUAGGAAAUGCUAUUGAACCAGUAAUAGCAGUUGAAAAUGAUGCUUCGAGCUUGCCUCAAACACAAUUUAAUAAAAUAAAUUCAGAAUCUUCUAUUACCUUUAAAAAUAUUCAAGAAUAUAAAGAAAUAAAAGAAUCGGAUACUGAUAAUUUAGAGGCGUUGAUGAAAGAUUUCGUCGACGAAAUUAAUGAAGAGCCACGUGCUAUUACGCAAAAUGUAAAUCAAAUGUUAGAUGAUAAUAUAGAGAAUCAGAAAAUACGAAAAUCAGAUGAACGAGUAUUAAAUAAUAAAUACAAUAACAAAAAGAAAAUGAAUGAAGGAAUAAAUUUGAAAAACAUCAAAGAUAAUAACAUAAAAAAUACCAAUGAAGAAAAUAAUUUAAAAAAUUUAGAUGAUGAUAGUUACUGGCAAAAUGCAGAUAAGAAAAAUACUGAAGAGGAGAAUAAUUUAAAAAAUUUAAAUGAAAAUAGUGUAUCUGGAAAUUUACACGACACGCAAAUUAUGGAUGAAAGUAUUAUUAUCAACGAUGUUAUUGAAGAAGUUGUAAUAGAUACAUGUCACGAACAGGGUAAAACAAUAACAGAAUACAUUGAUCAAGAAAAAGCAAUUAUAGAAUGCUUAGAAUCAGAUACUAUAAUUACUGAAGAAGUAACUGAAUGUGUAGCAUAUGAACAUAUAAAUACUGAAAAUUUUGAACAAAAGAAUAUAAAUAAUGAAAAUCUGGAUGAUAGUCAAUUAAUGAAAUUUAUGAAAGAAAGUGAUGAAAUGAAAUGUAAUAAAAAUUAUGAUCAGCUUAUGCAAAAUACUAAAGAAUUGAAAGCAACAAAAAAUAAUGAAGAAGUAAAUACUUUGGAUAGUAUUAAACAAAAUAAUGAACUAUGUAAUAAUCCAGGAAUUAAAAUUGCAGUAUUGAAAUCAACUAAUUUCCAAAAUAAUUUUACCAACGAUGCCGAAAUUGGCUCUAUAAGCUUGGAUAAUAAGGUAGAAGAUAUUUUACCCAAUGCAAGUAUGCAAGAUUUUAGUAACCUUAAAAAGCAACUAGAAAAAAAUGAGAAUCAAUUUGAAAUUAUUACACCAUCUAUGGCAGAAAAUACUACUGAACAACCUAUAAUGGACAACAUUGCUCUUGACGAAUCACCGCAAGAGAUUAUACCAGAAGAAAUAAUUUAUCCAAUUACAAAUGAUCCUGAAAAAAGUCAUAUGCCGCAAUCUUUAGGUGAUGAACAAAUAUUUUCUGAAAAAAUUGAGGUUGACAAUACGCAAGUACCGUUUAGUGAAGGAACCUCUUUAGACAUACGGACUACUUUAGAAGAAAAAUCUGCGGAAAUAUCCGUGAAAAAUGUAGUUCCAAUAAAAAGCAUUGUCUCGUAUCAAAAUAUUCAGGAGAAUAUAAUUCACGAAUCAAUUAGAAAUCCAUCUCAACCACUCUAUGAAGAUAUUUCAAAUUCACCUAAUCCACAGCUUGAUUACGAAAUAUCAAUGCCAACAAAAUACGAGGUACCAAUAGCAAUGAAAGAAGAUACAGCACGGAGUUUGUCGUCUACAUUGUUACUUGAUACACAUUAUGAAGUAUUGUCUCUUAAUAAACAAGUUUCAGUGUCGUCUGCAAUGAUAUACAACGAAUCAAAAGAUAUAAAAGAUUUAUCCCAAGAGCUCGAUACGCCACUUUCGCCUGAACCAGAAGAAAUCAUACAACCAGACGAUGAAAUUCAAAGAUUCAAUGAACCACUACAUAAAAAUACUGCCUCGCAUGAAUUCAAUAAAAGUAAGAUCUGUUCUCAUAAAGAUUCGUCUCAGUUAAUCCAUAUUAAGGACGAAAAUGAACGAAUACUAAAAAAUCCUUCACCACCAUCUGUAAGUGCAUUAUUAAAAUUAAAAGACUCAACAGAUAUCGUAAACAUACAACAAGCAAUGGAAGAAUUGUCGCCGAUUCUGGAAGUUUUUGGUGAUCCAAAGUCCGAGGAAAUUCCUGCAUUAAUAGCCGAAGACAACAUGCCCUCUCUAUCACAGGCGAAUGCAAUGUCAGUAAAUUUGGACGAUCCUAUUGAGAAAUCGCUUCUGCUACUUGACUUAGAUUCGAAAGCUCCUGUCUCUAUAAUGGAGCAACAACACGCAAUUGAUGCUGUUCAAGCCUAUCAGAAAAUUGAUAACAAAGGAAGCGAUAUUAGCGGCGUAAUACAUCCUGUCAAAAAACAUGCAGACAGAGCAACGAUGGCAAUGAUGACGGCCAUGUCGCAACCGCAACCGCAACCGCAGCCACAGCCGAGGGCUCGUCCAACAAUGAUAUCUGAAAUGAUUUUGAAAACACCCAUAACCAUAAUACAUAUGAGCAAGGAUGGUAACAAGAAGCUAAGCAAAAUCAAUGUACCCCCGGACCUUGCGGCAACGUGCACGAACGCUCACUAUAUCGCGUUAAAACAAAGACAGAUUGCAAAAUGUGACAUAUCGAGGCCGAUGAGCCCUAUACCCACUGCACAGGUUCCAUCUACCGAUAACAUAAAUGGAACCCUUGAUAACAAAGAAGGAAACAUGGAUAAUACAGGCGGCCUGCAUGCACUCGUACAAGUGGAAUCUCAAGGGAAAUGGCAAAAGGCCGUGAGUGUUGUUCGGAACGCCGAAUGCAUGCCUUUUUCAAGGCUGGUAGCAGAUCGACACGUAGAGCAAGUAGCAUCGGUUACUGAUAGUGAUAAGUAUAGUGCUAUUUCCGAAGGUAUAGAAGCCAUCGAGAAUGAGGUUCGUAGUAAUAAUAGAGCGCAACCAAGCAGAAACACAGUCAGUGCAAAUUUGACCAAGGAAAACAGUACAUUCGUGAAUUUGGAUAAUAAAAGUCAAGAUAGCAAUCAAGUUGUAGAGAUGAGUAAAGACGAAGUGAAAACAAGAGUGAGCACCGCCAUACGGUCUAAUAGACAAAAGCCUUUCGUGCUAUUAGAAAAGUUCAAGCAUGUGGAAAAUAUGGUUAGUGAAAUGAAAAGCCGUAAUACGGAGAAGAAUUUGCAUAAAAUACAUAAUAAACAAAAGACAAAACAUAAAAGUCACUCCCAUAUUCCAACUAAAAUGGGUAUUGAAAAUUUGACAAAUAAAAGUAUAACGAAGAAGAUCCAGCUAAACACAAGGGAAAGUAUUGUGUCGAGGUUAUUUGAAAUCGAUCAAGCAGUCAUCAAACUGAUGAAUGAAAAAAUGAAAUUGUAUAACAUGCUUAAUAGUGAGAAUUUUACUAACAAAAAUGAUACUACCAAUAAUCAAGAACUGGAGCAUUCAAUCGAAAAUACUUGCAGAACAUCGAUCGAUGAGAUGAAUAAACAUCUAGAGCCACUAGCCGGCCCAUCAAAUAUUAAUUAUUCGCUUAGUUCUUUUACUACUCCGUUGAUGUCAAAUUUAGUAAAUAAUCCUCUGUAUAAAUUUACCAAAAAAUCGUUGCACAAUAUUUCCAAUAAUGAUAUUAAUACUUUAGAAAAUAAAUCUAUUUCUUAUGAAGAUAAGUUCUUCGGAAAUGAACAUAUAAAUAAAACCGAACAUCGCCAUGACAGUAAAAAAAAGGAGAAAAAACACAAAGACAAAAAGAAAAAGAUAAGUAGGUCUAAAGAGCAAUCUAACAGUAGUCAUAAACAUUUGGUAACAAACGAAAUUUCAGUUGAAAAAUUAUCAAAGCCUUCUCACAAAUUAAUAAUAGAAUCUAAGACUAGUAAAUCAAAUAAAGAGUUGAGUGAAAAUGUAGAUAUAUUUAAGAAAAGUUCAAAAAUCAUCGGUAUUACACAAACCUCCCGGUCAAAAAGUAGACUUGAAAAAGAUUCUAAAGAAUCUGCAGAUGAAUCAGAAUAUGAAGAAACCGGUUAUAAGCGUAUUGAUUUUGAUUUUGAUACCAAAGCAAAGAUUCAGCAAAUUAAAAAUUCUGAUAAAAAUACAGAUAUGGAAGAGUAUUCUGAAGAUAGCGAUAAAAAUAAUUAUAAAAAGAAAUCAAUUAAAGCAGAUUCUAAUAAUCGGCCAAAAAGCAGAAUGGAUCAAAUUUUAAGAAGUAAAUCUCCAAAUAAAGCAACUAAAAUUUCAAAAGAAAAAAUGAUGAACAAAUCAGAUGAUUCAGAAGUCGAAAAUUAUAUAUACAAUCGAGGUGAUACUUCUAAACACAUUUUACGUCCUAAAAGUCGAGUUAGAAAAAUCUCUAAAAAUUUAUUGGAGAAUGAUUCUGAAGAUCAAAAGAAAAAAUCAGAUGCAGAAUCAUUUUCAAGCCAUGAUAAAUCAGAAUCAUUUGCAUGCCUGAAAAGUAGAAUGGGUAAGUUCUUAAAAAAUACAUCUCUAGUGAAAUCUAUCAAAUCUGUAAAAGAAAAGGCUAUAAAUCAAUCAUGUGAUGAUUCUGAAGUUGAUAAUUAUACACAUAAUCGAAGUGAUAGCCCUAAACAUAUUCCACGACCAAAAAGUCGUAUUAAUAAAUUAUCUAAAAACUUAGACGAUGAAAACGGAGAAUACAAAAAAAAAUCUAAUUCAAUGUUUAAUUCUAAUAAAUACAAAUCAAAAUCCAUCGAACGUCCAAAAAGUAAACGUACAAUAAAAAUAUCAAAAACUUCAAAAGAGAGGUCGGAAUUGAGUGAUUCAGACGUCGAAAAUCAAACACGUGAUCAUAGACGUAGUAAUAAAUUCAUGCUACGACCCAAAAGUCGAGCUAGUAAAUUCUCUAAAAUGUUAUUAAAUAGCGAUGGAGAAAGCCAAAGACAAAAAUCAGAUUCUGAAUUAAUCUCUCGUCGCAACGUGCUUAUAAAUAAUAUUAUUUUAGAAACGAAAUCUAUUCAACGCUCAGCAAGUAGAAUAGGCAAGGCGGUUGAAAAUAGACCUUUACCCAAAUUUUUAAAAGAAAAAUCAGUAUAUAAAUUAGAAUUUAAUUAUUCAGAUGCCGAAAAUCGAACGAGCGAUCGCAGUUUCAGUCCUAGAUUUGUUCAACGACCAAAAAGUAGAGAUAAUAAAUCUUUGAAAGAUCUAAACAGUGACGAUGAAGAAUACGUUUCAAAGAAAAAGUCUACUAUUAUAAUGAUGUCUAAUCAUGAUAAAACUGAAAUAGAGUCCCAUCAAAAAAAUAAACUGGAUAAAUUUAUACAUAGUAAAUCUCCAGAAAAAUUGUCACCUUCUGUAAAAGAAAAGUUUGAUAACACAUCUGAUGAUGAUUCUGAGAUUGAGACAAUCACUUAUAAUCAUGAUAUUAAUCUUAAAACAAUUUCGCGUCCGAAAAGCCGACUUCGUAAGUUUUCUCAAGAUUUUUCUCUAAACGAUGAUGACUUCAAAAAGAAAGCUGGCAUUGAAUUAGUUUCUAUUGAUAAAAUGGAUGAUGAAUUUUCUAAACGCUCACUAAAUAGAAUGAAUAGAAUUAUAAAAUAUAAAAUUGCUAAACUUAGUAAGCAAAAGAGUCCUGAAGUUGAAGCAACCAUACAAUUUGAAGAUGUUUCAGAAGAUGAUUUAGAAGUGGCUGAAAUCAUUCAAACAUCUAAUAUUAAUCCUCAGUCAGCCAUUAGAACCAAAAGCCGAGUUGGUAAAAUCACUGAAAAUAUUAACAAACAAAGAGAUAUGUUUCAAAUAGAGGAAGAUGAAUUCUUAAAGAAAGAAUGUAUUUCUCGUCCAAAAAGUCGAGCUUCUAAGAUAUUAAAAUUAGAAGAUAUGGAUGCAAAUCAGCGACCUAAGAGUAGAAUGGAUAUGUUUAAAAAAGAACAUGAAUCAAUAAUUAGUGAAUCUUUAAUCAACCUACAACAAAGAGAAAUGAAAGAAGCAACAAGACAAUUUACAGAAAAACUAUCAAAUGCUCAAAAGUCAAUUAUAUACUCAGAUGAUAGCAAUAUAGAUACCUUAGAUCAAUCAUUGAGUAAUUUGAAAUCUGCUGGAAAAGGUUUAGCACUUUUGGAAGAAUCUUUUAAAAAAGAAUUUAAAAAGAAAAAGACAUCAUUAAAAUUUCUAUUAAAUUCCCAAUCUACACCAGAAGAAUCUGAUCUCUCAUUUGAUGAUGAAGAAAAUAAUUUAUUAAGAACACGAACAACAAAAAGAAGAGCCAAAAUUAAUGUACCGCAAAAAGUUUUGCAACAUUAUGAUGAAGUCAUUGACUUUGUCGUUAAUAAUAUAGAGCAUUCCUUUCCAUCAACAAUGGAUAUUAUUAAAGAAGAACAUGUAUAUACAAAAACAGAUGAGAUAAAAGGUUAUGACAAAAUUGAAUUACAAAUAAACGACAAAAAUAUUAUUAAAACAUUAACUGAUGAUUCGCAAUUAGAUUAUAUUUCUGAUGAAAAAUUAAAUAAUGUUUCUAUAUCUAAAACAUCGGAAUUCAAAGAAGAGGGAAUACAUAAUGUGAAUGUUAGUCUUGACGAAAGUACAUCAACUGACUUGAAUUUUGAAGUUGUAGACACAGAAAUGUUUGAAUUCAUAGAUAAAAAAAAUAUAAAGUCUGUAAAAAAUAAUGUUGAAAAACAAACUGUAAAAAGAAGUUACUUAGUAAACGAUUCCAAUACAAGUGAAGAAUUUAAACAAGAUGAAUAUGAAAGUCAAGAGGUACAUGAUAAUGAAACUCAAUCUGUCAUUGAAAUUGAUAACAUAGACGCUCCAUUUACUUAUGGAGGUUCUCCAUACGUUGUAUUGGAUAAUUUUGAAGAACAACCUGAGAAUGAUAUUUCAAUAGAAGGAGAAAAUGCAUGUAAAGAAGAUACAAUGACACCAUUCACUUAUGAAGGUAUGCCUUUGCCAAAAGAAAUUGUGGAUAGUUGCAGUUCAAUAGGAAGUGGUUCCAAUUAUCCCUCUCCUGAAACUGAAUUAUAUGGAGAAACUAAUGAAGAAUCGGAAUCUAAAAAAUAUGCAAUUAACAAUUACAAAAUAGAACAAGUUGGAGAUGUAAUUAAUAAGGAGCAAAUCUUUGUUAACUUACUUGAUGUAGAUAAUAUAGAAAGGAAGAAAAUUAGACUUCAAAAGAAUUUUUCUAUAAAAAAGGUAAUGGAAAUUGAUAUAAACAAAAAACCGAAAAUUGAUAUAGAGAUAAACGUAAAUAAUGAAAUAGAAAAAAUGAUGCACCAAAAAGAAAUGUUUAAAAAAUUACAUAUAGCAGAGAAAUCAACUGAACAAAAGUCAAUACAUUUAUCUUUACAAUCAUUAAAAGAUAUCGAUAAGGAAAUGAACUAUGAAUUAAAAAAAUCAGAGAUAUUGAAAGAGUAUAAUGAAUCUAUAGACGACAGUACUUCUGAGAAAUCUGUUAAAUUGCAAGAAGUUGGCGAAUCAGAUGAUGAAAUAAAAUCUGACAAUUCAAUCAAAAUAAAACGUCAAAAACGAAAAAAACUAUAUGAUGACAGGUGGAUAAUACCAAAGCAGCGAAGAAGCUCUAGAGUAUCAGAAGAAAAUAUUCCUAAGUAUGGAAGUAAAUUUCGUAUGCAAAACAUUAUUGGAGAUGAACAGUCAGAUGAAGAAAUGCCAGUAAGAAAAGGUCGUGGUCGACCGCCAUUAACUGUUACAAAGAAUCGAAAAAUAGAAGUGCAGUCGAAACGUAAUUUAAAAAGGAAGUUAUCAACAAGUGCUGAAAAAAUGAAAUCGUGUAAAGUGCGCGUUGUAGACUGUAAAUUUAAUUUGUUACAACCUAAUGUACAUCCAAGUGUUUUACGAAGAGCAGGCAUAUCUAGUAUUAGAAAUUCAAAAGUAUUUUUUGUAGACUUGAAUUCCAAGCAAAAUGAAACUAAUAUUGUUAAUAAACCAAAUGAAGAUGAUGUAUAUUUAAAAAAAAAACAAGCUUGUUUUGAUUUUAGAGAUACAGAUUUGAAGUCUAAUUGUGAAAGCAACGAAGAUCUAGAAACUAUUGAGAAUGAAAGUUUUGUUGAAAAUAAAGUGCUAAAAGAAAAUUUUUUCGAAUCUUAUGAAACAGAAAAGAUAAAAAAAGAAAAACGAAGUUCUAGUGAAAAGAAUAAAGUAACAGUCGUAUCACCUACAAAAUUUAAUAAAGAUACUAAUGAGGAAUUUAAUACUAUACCAAUUAAACAAGUGUCAAUAACAUCAGCAACUAUCUGUACUAAUUUUACAACGAAUACAUUUCCAGAAUCCUAUCAAGAGAAGCAAAACUCAAACCGAGUUGAAGAUAGAUCAAUGAUAAAAGCUCAAGUAAUAGUGGAAAAAAUGGUCAUUCCAAUAAAGAAUUCUAAUGAGAUUGAAAAGCCCGGUUCAAGUGGUGAGGUUGAGGAGAAAAAACCAAAUAGGACUUCUUAUACAAAUCACAAGGGCCCAAUAUUAAAUAUAAAGGUUUUCGAAGAUACAUUUUUGGCGGCAAGUGAUGAUGGAUGUGUUUAUCGCUACGAAAUUGCAACCAACACGUUACUAAAUAUCUUCAAGGGUCAUACAGCUGCUGUGACUUGUCUUUGCGUAACGCGUUUCGACACCGGUGACACUUCAAAAGAAUUGCUAUACUCUGGAUCGUUAGAUGCUAGUCUUCGGUGCUAUAAUAUAAGGACUGGUUUAGAAAUGCAAGUGAGUGAAGUAGGAAGCGCAGUUCAAUGUAUGGAUCAAGCAUGGGGCUUAAUUUUUAUAGGCACCAAAUCUGGAAGUAUAUCACGUUUUAAUAUUAAGUCUGGUUAUUUAAAGCCGGAUUCUAUUCAAUCGUCUGAUAAGCCUGUUAUGGCUUUAAAAGCAACCAAUGAAGGAGCGAGAAGAGUACUAAUAGUGGCUUCCCGUAAUCAAAAACUCACUAUUCGAGAUGCUAUAACCGGACUUGUACUACGCACGAUAAGUGGGCAAAAGAAUUAUACGAUCUACAGUCUUUUGAGAGAUCACAGUUUGAUUUACUGCGGAACAAGUAGUACUUCGAUUCCAGUUUUUGAUUUUAUUAGUGGUGAACAGAUAGUACAAUAUAAUGCAAGUGUUGGUAUUGUGUGCAUGUGUUUGCUUAAAAGACUUCUCUUUGCUGGAUGUUAUGAUGGCAACAUUUAUGUAUUUGACACAAGGAAUCAUAGUCUUGUAUGUAGUAUACCUGGACCUGGAAAUAUGUUACUAAGUAUGGAACUUGUAGAUAGAAAGAUAAUUGCAGGUAGUAAAGAUAGAAACCUUCAUGUAUGGGAUAUGCCCGAACAAAUACUGGAGAUACUGGAUGAACAAUUGUAACAUAUAUAUGGCAAAAAGUGAAUCUAGUCAUCUACGGAACUCUUCACGCAAAGAAUUUAGGAGGAAAAACGUUAAUCCAGAAUUAACGGUAUUAAAAAUUGAACUACUGCCGUGACUCGUAAGCUCGUAAAAUAACAGCAUUAUAUGGAAUUUAAAGUCCAAAAAUAUGAAGUAAACUGUGUAUAAAAGAUAAAAGCGAAAAUAAAAAAAUUAAGGCAAGAACUUAAUCGAAAACUAUUAUAAAAAUGUAUAUAAAAACGCGCACGGUAGAAAUAAAAAACUAUAUGUACAGAGUUAAGUGUACAAAUGGGGUUCGUAAAAAAUAAUUAUACUAAAAUGCAACCGCGCAUAC